AUGCCCUUUUGCCACAAAAUAAUGAACAUUUCCUGUAUGAACAGCACCUGGUCAAAUGAUGUCCGUGCUUCCCUGUAUAGUUUAAUGGUGCUCAUAAUUCUGACCACAAUGGCUGGCAAUCUCAUAGUUAUUAUUUCCAUAUCACACUUCAAGCAACUUCAUACCCCCACAAAUUGGCUCAUCCAUUCCAUGGCCACGGUGGACUUUCUGCUGGGCUGCUUGGUCAUGCCUUGUAGCAUGGUGAGAUCCGUUGAGCACUGCUGGCCUUUUGGGGAAGUCUUCUGCAAAAUCCACACCAGCACCGACAUCAUGCUGAGCUCGGCAUCCAUCUUCCACCUGUCCUUCAUUUCCAUUGACCGGUACUACGCUGUGUGUGACCCGCUGCGGUACAAAGCCAAGAUCAGCAUCGUGGUUAUUUUUGUGAUGAUCUUCAUCAGCUGGAGCGUCCCUGCCCUUUUUGCAUUUGGGAUGAUCUUCUUGGGGCUAAACUUCAGAGGAGCUGAGCAGGUGUAUUACGAACACACCCACUGCGUAGGGGGUUGUUCCGUCUUCUUUAGCAAAACACCCGGGGUUCUGGCCUUCAUGACUUCUUUCUACAUACCUGGGUCUAUUAUGUUGUAUGUCUAUUAUAGGAUAUACUUCAUAGCUAAAGGGCAGGCAAGAUCCAUUCACAAUGCACACCAGAAGCUUCAAAUUGGAUUGGAAGAGAAAAGUGGAAUUUCACGAAACAAAGAACGCAAAGCUGCGAAGACUUUAGGGAUCGUGAUGGGAGUUUUCCUCCUUUGCUGGUGUCCUUUCUUUAUCUGCACAGUCAUGGAUCCUUUCCUGGACUACACUAUCCCGCCCACCUUGAAUGAUGCAUUGAUUUGGUUUGGCUACUUGAACUCUACUUUUAACCCAAUGAUUUAUGCAUUUUUCUAUCCCUGGUUCAGAAGAGCGUUGAAGAUGAUUCUAUUUGGUAAAAUUUUCCAAAAAGAUUCAUCUAGGUGUCAAUUAUUUUUAGAAUCAAAUCCAUAG